CUCUUUUCUCCUCAUAAAGAUAAGGGUGUGUGGAGCUUUAAAUUGGGUUACUUGGGAUCUUUAUUGUUGGUGUUUGGUAGUGGUGGAUUGGUGGAGGGUGGUGGUUGUGGUUGUGUGUCUCUCACUGUCUCUGUGUUGGGAAUUAAAAGGGUGUGUGAGAUAUGGGAAGGUCUCCUUGUUGUGACAAUAGAGGAUUGAAGAGGGGGCCAUGGUCAGCUGAAGAGGAUGAGGCUCUUCUGAACUAUAUCAACAAGAAUAAUGGCCAUGGCAGCUGGCGCUCUCUCCCCAAGCUUGCAGGUCUUCUACGCUGUGGGAAGAGUUGUCGGCUCAGGUGGACAAAUUAUCUUAGGCCAGACAUUAAAAGAGGCCCCUUCACCAAGGACGAAGAGAAGCUUAUCAUGCAGCUUCAUGGCAUACUCGGAAACAGGUGGGCUGCUAUAGCUUCUCAGUUGCCUGGAAGAACUGACAAUGAGAUCAAGAAUUUAUGGAACACACACCUGAAGAAGCGUCUCCUCCUCAUGGGGAUUGAUCCACAAACACAUAAGCCCGUUGACUCUAACUGUUUAACUAGCACAGCACCUGCUUCCCUGGCCACCCGUCACAUGGCACAAUGGGAGAGUGCUAGGCUUGAAGCUGAGGCUCGGCUUUCCAGGGAGUCAUCACUCUUCAGCCAACCUCCGGAGAAAUCCGAGCCUGACUAUUUUCUACGCUUAUGGAACUCUGAAGUUGGAGAAGCAUUCAGAAACCUCACUACCGUGGAUAAAUCUGCAUGCCCUAGCCCCAUUUCUCAGGCAUCUUCGUCGACGAAAUGUGGAUCAGUGUCAGCUGUGACAACAGAAGUUGGCAACACCUUAACAGGGUCAUCAACCAUGGCCGGAGACCAAAACGAGGAUAUGGAAGACAAGAUUUGCCAGACCAACACUGAAGAUGUGGGACACAAUAUUUGCCAGACCAACACUGAAGAUGUGGGAUACAAGAUUUGCCAGACCAACGCUGAAGAUUUGGAAUACAAGAGUUGCCAGACCAACACUGAAGAUAUGGGAUACAAGAUCUUCCAAUCCAACACUGAAGAUUUGGAGUACAAGCCCUGGCGGUUGAACACCAAAGAUGUGAUGGCCGGGUCGGACUCCUCAUGUUCCAAUGAUUUAGAGGACUCGUCGGACACUGCAUUGCAGCUGCUGCUGAAUUUCCCCAUUAACAAUGACAUGAGCUUCCUUGAAGACAAUGUGGAUGACUAUGCAACAACUUCUGCUAGGUGGACACCCAAUUCUUUCAUUUGCCCCCUCUGAAGCAGGCUUCGGAGGUUCUUUUUUGAGGAUGCUGUUCGAAUUUUUGGUGGUUGUCUUCUAUAAGCUGUCAAUUUAGUUAGAGAGCUAAGAGUAAGGUUCCUGUUUUGAUACAUUUUAGCUUACAAGUUAGAGGCAGUGCUGUUACCACUAAGUAGGCUUUCCUUAACAAAUCUUAGUUUGUUCAGGAUUCAGUAUAUAUAGUAGAUACAUAUUCCUCAAUCCUUUCAGACAUGAAUUAACUAGUUAUAUCUCUCUUAUUGUCUUAAUGACAUAUAAUUUUGAUGCUCCAAGAACACAGCUUGGGGUUGGCUUAAAACUAUUUAAAAUUCUAAUAUACUGGUGCCCCUGCAUAGGAAAUGCCAGAUGCCGUUACUAUACAGAGGAAGUAGGCUUUGUCAUUGCCAUGCUCUGGUUCAGUUCAGAUACUCUUAUUGCCUGUUAUCUGCCUGGUGUUUGGUCCCUUUUUUUUUUCUUCCGGUUUCUUGAAAGCUUUGUUUUGAAAGCUGAGCAAACCCCGUGAGGCUAUAAUCCACGGUCAAGUUCCGGGUGAUUACAAGUCAUAGAAGAUAGCUUCCCAACAGUAUAUUGAAAUUUGAAAACUCAUUUACUGAUUGGGAACUGCUGUUGGCAUUCCAAAAAUGUCAUUCUGCACUCCUCUGGUAUAAAACGAGAAGGGAAAAUUGCACUUGGAGGAGUGCACGAUGACCGCUAUGAAGUGUCAAUAACAGUUCCUACUAAUUUUCUGCGCAUGACAAAUGGUUAAACCAUCAGCAUUCCAGAGAGCCAAUGCAAAGUUCAACACAACAUGAAGCAAGAACGAAAGAUGAAUAGUGUAGAGUUAUCCCAUUACUAGAAAAAGCUUCAGUCCUCAAGGACAGCAACAUCUGAUCUUAAAUGUAUAUAACAAGUAACAAACUUGGACCUCACAAAUCAAAUACACUUCCUAUACAACUAUGGACGAUAACGAACAUUUGCUGAUUGUCCAGUCCAGUCAGUUCUCACACAAAACAUAGACCAAACAGGACCCGAACAAAAAGAAAAAAAAAA